CCGCUACUAUCUCAUUAAAGAGUCCUCGUCAGACAGCUCACUUCAAACCGGAUUUCGAUCAUGCCCGAGCCAGACCGAGCCACCCGCCUCAUGAACACAGCGUCCAAUGUGCCCUCCUCUCCGAGUAAACCCCAGGGCUUCAAAAAGAAGGCUGCCAAAAGAUCACGGCCCCAAAAGCCAUGGUCCAUGUAUCCCGCGCUGCACGAACAGGUGCAGGCGCUCCUUGACGACGAGGGUCUGCAUUUCAUAUUCCAUACCAACGAUGAAGACGUGGGCGUCGUCAGGCACUAUGACACCAGGGCCAUGGGGCGGUUUGUCUGCCGCAAUGCCUUCUGUCAGACCGGAGGGUGGUCCAGCAAGAUCAUCGCCAUCACGGUCCGCUUGUACUCGCCACGCGAGUACAACGCGCGCGUCUAUCACCAACACUGUCGGGAUUGUGGUUCCAUCAGCCGACCCGUCCUCGAUGAGUCCUCCUACACAGAACGGAUCACGUAUCGGCUCAAGAAGUGGAGUGGCAUUCGACAGUCGAAGCCGGAGUACUUCCAAGGCCAUUCCCGGCGCCCGCACAGUCGCGACUUGUGCGAGGGCUGCAAGGCCGGUCACUGCAUAGAAGGGGCACAACGCCAAGAUGAUGACGAUGUGGAUGACCUGUGUGCAUCGAUGGCAGAAAUCCUGUAAACUAAUCUAGUCAUGCGCGGAGGUAGCGGGGUCGAAGUGUGUCGGCCGUGUGGUUUAUAUUGUUCCCCGUCAGGCUGGCUUGGUGGACUUGCACGUCCCCAUGACUAGUGCAGUCCGACAGACAGACGAUAGGUUAUAUGAAGGGAUCGACUGUGAUUGCGAUUUUGCUCUCAGAGAGUGUGAUCUAAUCGCUUGGGUUGACUGGCAUUUUAAAUCUCCAAUGGCUCUAAUGUAUACUCUAAUCCAUUU